GACGACUGCGCAAGUGCCUCUUCAAUUCGCAGCAAGGGUCUGGUAUCACGACAAGACUCGCAGGCCAUCUCAUCGCCGGUGGUAGGAGCAUUUAUAAGCAGACGCCGCCAUUUCUGGGCUCAAGCGGGGCUCUAUCACAACGACUUUGCUUACCAACGUGCUUUAGUCGUUGGUUUAGGAGUCGCCCGUCGCCUUUGUCGCUGAAACACCCGACGCGCCUCACACAGAGACUCGACCGUCAUUCACAAUCGUCUACGAGGCAUUGCCGUCGCCCAAGUGCAAGACAGCAGCUUUGCAGAGGGCCCCACAUGGCCGUUAUAGCUCUCUGCAGUCAUGUCCAUGUCGCCAAACACGUCGCCCUCGUUCGACACGCCAGGAAAUUCUUUUCCUGACCUGGAUACACCCAUCCAAUCCUUCGCCGCGCCCUUCGAUCCCAGUCAUAUGCUGUCUCCUCCGAUGCAUAAUGCUCCCUUCCACUUCUCCAUUCCCGAACUCGGCGACAGCCAAUCGCCAUCUUCCGCCAACUUUCAUCACCGCAUGAGCAUCGGUAGCUCUGCUCAGCCGCCGAACCAACUACAUCCCGCCAGCAUUGGUGACUCUGAUGCGACCAGUCCCGUAAGUGGUCAAGAUCCUGGAUCUGUCGGGCCCCACACGAAUACUUCCAUCGGCCAGCCAGGCACAGAUGACCAGAAGGACAAGGACGGCCGGACACCAGCAUGGGCAGAACUGAAGACCAAGGCGGGGAAGGAGCGCAAAAGACUUCCCUUGGCUUGCAUCGCAUGCAGGAGGAAGAAGAUUCGCUGCUCGGGCGAGAAGCCUGCUUGCAAGCAUUGCCUACGCUCUCGCAUUCCAUGCGUGUACAAAGUCACCACACGGAAGGCCGCCCCAAGAACAGACUAUAUGGCCAUGUUGGACAAACGUUUGAAGAGGAUGGAAGAGCGUGUUAUCAAGAUAGUCCCCAAGGAGGACCAAGGCCGGAUAGGCACCAUUGGUAGAGCUGUUGUGAAGCCUGCUAUUCCCGGCCUACCCUCCAAGAAUGAAAAGAAGCGAGCUGCCGACACAGCGUUUGGUGACGACAUCAGUGACUGGUCCAAGUCAAAGACUGGAGGCAGUGCCGAAGCUCGAUUGCGAAUAGGUCCGCAAGAACAGGAUGAACGCCGCUUGCUCCAAGAAGGCGCCGACCAACUGCCUUCUCACGAACUGCAGAUCCAUCUGGCCGAAGUUUACUUCGAUUAUGUCUACGGCCAGAGCUAUCACCUACUGCACAAGCCCAGCUUCAUGAGGAAACUCGAAGUUGGGCAAGUACCACCGGUACUUAUUCUGGCUGUGUGCGCAAUCUCUGCCCGUUUCUCCUCGCAUCCAGACGUGAAGACUGAGCCUGCUUUUCUCAGAGGCGAGAACUGGGCCAGUGCUGCGAGAGAGAUUGCGCUAAAGAGAUACGAUUCACCGAACAUCACAAUCCUCAUCGUUUAUCUCAUAUUAGGUCUUCAUGAGUUCGGAACGUGUCAAGGUGGUCGAAGUUGGAUGCUUGGUGGUAUGGCUCAGCGCAUGGCAUAUGCCUUGCAAUUACACAAGGAUCUGAAUCAUGACACCUCGACGCGCGCCACAGGUAAUGCAACAGAGCUCUCAUUUACCGACAGGGAGAUUAGGCGUCGGACCAUGUGGGCCUGUUUUAUGAUGGAUCGAUUCAACUCUUCAGGGACCGAACGACCACUGUUUGUCAACGACCAAUACAUACAGGCGCAACUGCCUGUAAAGGAGCACUUUUUCCAAUUUGAGAUACCGGGAACUACUGAAAUACUGGAAGGACCAAUCUCUGGCGAUGCCGGAAGUACAGGAUCUCACGGACUUUCAGCGACCGAGAACAUGGGUGUUGCUGCAUACAUUGUCCGAUUAGUGGCCAUCUGGGGUCGCGUGAUCCGGUAUAUGAACUUGGGAGGACGAGAAAGAGACAAGGAGCCCAUGUGGUCCACGCAGUCCGAAUUUCACGCCAUCAAGGAGGCCGUCCGCGAAUGGCAAUCUGGACUUCCGACUUGGCUUUACUGGUCUCAAGAGAAUCUCGACACACAUGCGAGUGAAAAGAUUGCUAACCAAUUCCUUUUCAUGCACCUGAUCUGCAACCAGAUCAUUUGUUUCACCAACAGAUUUGCACUCCCAUCCCCAGGCUCGAAAUCUGCAAGUGUUCGAGAUACACCUCAGGCUUUCAUCACAGAAAGUGGAAGAGCAGCUCUGGAUGCAGCCAACCUGAUUUCAGUCUUGGUGAACGAAGCUAUGGAUCACAGAGUCAUCGCGCCGUUUGCGGGCUACUGUGCCUUCUUCUCAAGCACUGUUCACAUUUACGGUGUCUUUUCGAAAAACCCAGCGCUUGAGGCUUCCUCCAAGCAGAACUUGGCAAUCAACAUCAAAUAUCUCACGAGGAUGAAGAAGCACUGGGGCAUGUUCCACUUCGUUACAGAAAAUCUGAAGGAACUGUAUCGUAAACAUGCAGAUGCUGCCUUCAGAGGCGCUCAAGCUGGCAACGCUCCCAAGUCCCUGGAGACGAUCUUCCAGUAUGGAGACUGGUUCGAUCGAUAUCCUCACGGUGUCAGCGGUACGGAUUACGAAGAGCCUGUCAAUGCAGAUGUCAAGAAAGAGCCAGGUUCUGAUGCAGUACUGGGGCAGAAGAAUGAUCUGCAAAGUGUAGAGGAAUUCUUCUCAAAGCUAAGCCCUGCAAGCAAGACCGCCAAACAGAAGGCGCCAAGGAAGAAGCGAGGAAAGGCAGAGGCGCAGCCAAAGACAACAGCUGCGACAGCGGCAGGAGCAUCCAGUACAACACCAGUCGCCGGAAAUCCGCCAGGCUACCAAACCCAACAGCAAAAUGCGGCGCCAUCACAAGCCCAGGCACUGGCACUAGCACAAGCUCAGCGGCAGCGGUCAACAGCCACCGUCUCACAGAUGGCAGCUGGAUCCCUGAACAACAACUUUGGCGUCCUAAACUCUCAGAAUAAUACCAACUUCCCUGCCGAGCUCGCCAUGAUGCAGCAACAAUCACGACAUCAAUCAGACCAACAGCAACAUCACUAUAACAACAUGCUCAGUCUAGACACCAGCAUGUCACCAUACACGAACCUGGAUCCAUCUUCCAACAGCGCCAACCCAUUCUCCAUUGACCUCAAUGCCUUUGACUUUGGCAUGAACAGCAACAACACUGGCUGGGGUGAUCAGACUACUGCUUGGUUCAUGCCUUUCAACGUUGAUCCACCAUCUGCCGGAGCGGGGACUCUAGGCGAUGAUGCGGGUGGUCUGUUUGCCGCCGAUUCCGUCGGUGGAUUCGAUGUCAAUUCUCUGUUCCCAGACUUUGGAGGCGCACAUCCUGGACUACUGAUGCCGGAGCAUGGAUUCGAGGAUAACAACAACAAUAACCAGGAGUGAGUGUAAGUCUGUAUGAUGGCAGAGUGUAUAUAUGUGUGUGCAAAAAAGGGGAAGGCUGUGUAACAUUUUGGAGUUGUCGAUAUUCUUGGAGAGUGGGUGGCUGGGGUUUUUUUUUUUUUUUUUU